UGGUCGAGCAGAGGGUUUUGGUCAAAGACUGUCAUACGAUGAUGGUGAAACAAGUAGUUUUACCCGGAAUAGAAGUCGAGAAAACUGGGAUGAUAGACGGUAUGAACGUAGUUAUUCAGCUAGAAGUUUUGAGGACUGUGCCCAUCCAGCUAAAGAAUAUUCCAGAUCAUUCAGCAAUGAGAAUUGGCGUGAUAAAAAAUCACUAGAUGAUGAUGAAGGUGAUUGGAGAAAAGCUUGCUCUCGAGAACGAUGGGUCAUGCCUUUGGUUACUGAAGAAGACGAUGACGGAGAUUGGCGGAAGAUGGGUCCACGUUGGGCUUCUCAAAGAUGGCGAGGUUUGGAUUCUGAACGCACUAAAAGCACUACUGGUAUAGGUUUCUUCAAAGACAGGCAACACACAUUUGACCGUGACCGGGACAGACCAAGGAGCUUUCAGCGCAGCCGAAGCACUGAGAUGUGGGAUGAUGUAGAUAUGCCUGAGUGGAGUGUUCCUAAUGAUGAAGAUUACAAUGAAACUGGUACAUUUGACUCAAAUGGGAUUUUUGUUUCAAAUAAAGUGAGUUUGUGCUUUUUUAAUUAUUGUAAUAUUCUUGUUUCUGUCGUCUGUCAGUUUUCUCAGGGUGUUAGCCAAGGGAGGUAAUCACUCGAAUGGAGA